GCUCCCUACUCUCCUCUCCUCUCCUCGUCGAUUAUGCUACGAAAGCGGGCUGCGAGGUUUGCUCAACGGAGGGUGUAUCCUGAAGUAGCGGCGGCAGGGGUCGGAGGUGUGCGCUUGAUGCACUUGUCGACGAGGGGGACGUCACGGUCUACGGCGCUGCUGGGUGGAGAUGCACACUCGUGGUCCCUCCCUGUUAGAGGCUACGCAACGGGUACGAUACCCGACCGCCCCCCUCCGCGCAAGCCCCUCUUUACCAAACUGCUCAUCGCCAACCGGGGUGAGAUCGCCUGCCGGAUCAUCCGUACCUGCCGCAAACUGGGUAUCUCGACCAUAGCAGUGUACAGCGAUGCGGACGCGGACGCGCUGCAUGUCCGACUUGCGGAUGAGGCGUUUCGUUUGGGACCGGCGCCGAGCGCGGAGAGCUAUUUGUCCCUGGAGAGGAUUGUGGAGGUCGCUAAACGUGCUGGGGCUCAGGCUGUACAUCCAGGAUAUGGGUUCUUGAGUGAGAACGCUAGGUUUGCGGAACGGCUCGCUGCUGAAGGACUCGUAUUUAUCGGACCUGGGGUUGAGGCGAUCAAGAGUAUGGGAUCAAAGAGUGAGAGCAAGGAUAUCAUGCUUGCCGCCGGGGUACCCUGUGUUCCAGGCUAUCACUCCUCCGAGCCAGUCCCCAUCAGCGAGCUCGAACGGCAAGCAACGAAACUCGGCUAUCCGCUGCUCAUCAAAGCCGUGCUAGGCGGUGGGGGGAAGGGGAUGCGUAUCGUUCGUUCCGUAGAGGACUUCCUCCCCGCGCUCGAAUCGGCCCAGCGGGAAGCGCGCAAGGCGUUUGGGGACGAGAGGGUGUUGAUCGAGCGAUGGAUCGAGCGCCCUCGGCAUGUGGAGGUACAGGUCUUUGGGGACUCGAGCGGGAAUGUCGUCAGUCUCUGGGAGAGGGACUGUAGUGUUCAGAGGAGACAUCAGAAGAUUAUCGAGGAGGCUCCUGCUCCUGGGCUGUCGGAUGAAGUCAGGAAGGACUUGAGCGACAAGGCGGUCGCUGCAGCCAAAGCUGUCAAUUACCUCGGCGCAGGCACGGUCGAGUUUAUCUUCGACUGCGAUACAGACGAGUUCUAUUUCAUGGAGAUGAAUACACGCCUGCAAGUCGAGCAUCCUGUAACGGAAAUGAUCACCGGUCAGGAUCUCGUUCAGUGGCAACUGGAAGUCGCCUCCGGCAACCCUCUACCGUUGCGCCAAGAUGAGAUACCAAGGAUAGGCCAUGCCUUCGAGGCGCGCAUAUAUGCGGAAAAUCCACUCAAUGAUUUCCUGCCUGAUGUCGGCCCGCUGUUGUACAAGUCUACACCGCAGCCAUCGGAAUCGUUACGCCUGGAAGAAGGAUUUCCUCAAGGAUCCAACAUCGAAGUAUACUACGACCCACUGAUCAGCAAGGUCGUCGCUCACGGACGGGAUAGAACAGAAGCACUGCGGAUCCUGAGGAAAUCCCUUGAGGGAUACCACAUUGCGGGGGUGUCGACUAACGUCGAGUUCCUCAAGGCCCUUGCUGGAAACAAAGCCUUCCUGGAUCAGGAGCUAGAUACCGGCUUCAUCGCCAAACAUCGGGAUGAACUCUUCCCACCCAUAUCAGCCCCGGCUCCAGCUGUGUUGGCACAGGCUGUACUGUUCCUCUUGCUACGGGAGCAGCCCCUCCAUCUUCCUGCAACAGCAACCCCGUGGCAGUCACUUGCUUUCCGCCGGUUCUCCGACAUCUAUACCAAACAUUUCAAGUUCCACCCAGACCCCUUGCUCAACCAUGGGAAUCCCUCCCCUGCAUCGGAGGUCACUGUCGUCUCCAGCAAACCGGGACUGUUCGACGUCGAAGUGAGGAAUCCCGGUGCAGACCCAGUGUGCUUCAAGGACGUCAAGGCGCAUAUGAUAUCAUCCACAGUGAUCUCAAGCACUCUAGAUGCCCAACGAGUCCAGACCGCUGUCGUGCAACAAUCCCCGCCUCCAACUGUCCUGCCCAGCAGCACCGUAACAGACCGUCUACACAUCUUCCACCAAGGAAGCAAGACGACGUUGCUCAUCCCUCCCCCGAACUACCUGCUCCAGAUCGCGGCUGAGGCCCUGACUUCUGGCGGGAUACGCGCCCCGAUGCCGAGUCUUGUUGUGGAUGUGCGGGUCAAGGAAGGGGAAGACGUCAACAAGGGCCAGCCGGUUGUCGUGUUGGAAAGUAUGAAGACGGAGAUUGUGCUGAGGGCGGAGGUGGAUGGGAAGGUCAGUAUGGUGGGGUGCAAGAAAGGGGAUAUGGUGGAGGAAGGUAAGGAGCUUAUUACCGUUGUAGCGACGGAUUAG